UAUUCAUAAUGCAAACUAUGAAGCUAGAGCUAUCGAUUUCAGUGAUUUGUCUGCAGAUUUGGAUUUGUAUGGGCGGUGGAAGCAUAUCCUAUACAACACCUUCCGGAGGGAGCGGGACUGCUAACGUCGACGAGAACGCCUCGGGUGGAACGGUUUUACUUGACGUUGACGUCACCAAUAAUGGCGGAACUGUGACGUUCUCGAUGGCAAACGAGUUCCUUCAAAUCCAUCCCACCAGUGGCGUUAUUACGGUCAGAAAUGGCGUUGUUAUCGACUAUGAGACGUUACCGAGUGACAAGACAUUUACGGUGACGUUCGGUGCAUCGGAUAACGGUGGAACGCCGCUGGAAGGCACGCUUGUCGUGACGGUAAAUGACGUCAACGAGGCGCCGACGUUCGCCGGAGAAGAACUUGUGCAGAAGGGGAUAUCUGUUAAUGACAAAACAUAUGAAAACGAGGCUGUGGCAAACGUUAGGGCCAGAGACCCCGAUAUGAAAGGCCAGAAAGGUGCUAUCCAGUCCUAUGGAAUACAGACGCCGAACACACCAUUCGACAUUUCCGACGUCGGAUCCAUCACAGUCGCUAACGACCACUUCAUUGACAUCACGACCCGCGUGGUCUGGUCGAUUGAAGUCAUUGCAGUUGACGGAGGUAACCCAUCUCUGACCGGGACGGCUACAUUUCACAUCGGGGUAUGCAAGCUAUGUUCCAACAGCGGAGCUACUACCCCCACAGUCGGAAUAUUUGGACUCUUCCUGUGCAUUGCUGCUAUAUUUAGUCUAUGGUUUUAG